AAUCUCAAAAAAAAAAAAAAAAUGGACAGGAAAACAGUAGAAAGGAAUAGGAGGAUCAACAUGAAAUCUCUCUUCUCAAAGCUCACCUCUCUUAUCCCACCUGACCCUCAUUCCCAUCUCUCCAAGGUUUCUCAUUCACAAGAAGAGCAAAUAGAUCGAGCAACUGCAUACAUCAACGAAUUGAGUCAAAAUGUGGCGGAACUAAAGCAAACAAAAGAGCGAAUUACCCGGGAUAAAAAAGCUUAUGUUGAAAACUCAAUGUCAAGUAUUUUAAGGCCAAAUAUACAGUUAAAAGAGUCGGAUUCUACCUUGGAAGUGAUAAUUGUAAGUGGAAUGAUAAGGAGCUUUAUGCUUAGUCAAGUUAUUGACAUUCUUGAAGAUGAAGGAGCUGAGGUUGUUAGUGCUAACAUUUCUACAAAGGGUUUCAACAUCUUUCACAUUAUUCAUGCUCAGGUAAAGGUUUGUAGGAUUGGUGUGGAGACUUCAAGGAUAUACCAAAGAUUGCAGCAGUUGAUCAUCACUUGAUCUGCUGUUACCAGUCCUUUUUUUUGUUUUUCUUUAUAAAUGUCCGGUUUUGGGUUAUGAAGGUC